GGAAGGAAGAAGCCACCCUUGAGAGCGGAGGCAACGGCAGCAGUGUCCACAGCACCGCUCCCCUGCCUGUCCCCACCGCCUGGACACCAUGCUUCUAGCCACAUUCAAGCUGUGUGCUGGGAGCUCCUACAGACACAUGCGCAACAUGAAGGGGCUGAGGCACCAGGCUGUGCUGGCCAUCAGCCAGGAGCUGAACCGGAGGGCACUGGGGGGCCCGACCCCCGGCGCGUGGAUUCACCAGGUUCGGCGUCGGAGUUCUCUGCUCGGUUCUCGGCUGGAAGACACCCUCUACAGCGACCAGGAGCUAGCCUAUAUCCGGCAGGGAGAGGAGGCCAUGCAGAAGGCCCUGGGUAUCCUCAGCAGCCAGGAGGGCUGGAAGGAGGAGAACCAGCAGGCGAAUGGGGACCAAGUACUGAGUAAAGUGGUCCCAGAUGUGGGCAAGGUAUUCCGGCUGGAGGUGGUGGUGGACCAGCCCAUGGAGAGGCUUUAUGAAGAGCUCGUGGAACGCAUGGAAGCAAUGGGAGAGUGGAACCCAAAUGUCAAGGAGAUCAAGGUCCUGCAGAAGAUUGGAAAAGAUACAGUCAUCACCCAUGAGCUGGCUGCAGAAGCAGCAGGAAACCUGGUGGGGCCCCGUGACUUCGUGAGCGUGCGCUGUGCCAAGCGCCGAGGCUCCACCUGUGUGUUGGCUGGCAUUGCCACACAUUUCGGGGAGAUGCCUGAGCAGAAAGGUGUCAUCAGAGGCGAGCAUGGUCCCACGUGCAUGGUGCUCCAUCCCCUGGCUCAAAGUCCCUCAAAGACCAAACUCAUCUGGCUGCUCAGCAUUGACCUCAAGGGAUGGCUGCCAAAGACCAUCAUCAACCAGGUCUUAUCACAGACCCAGGUGGAUUUUGCCAACCACCUGCGCAAGCACCUGGAGUCCAGCCCUGCUCCUGAAGCCAGGUGUUAAGGACCAGCCUGCUCCCUCCAACUGUUCCUAGCUGCACUGGCUUGCAUGCUUAUCAGGAAGAUCCCUGCUAGAAGCCUACAAGUCUGUUUAAGAUCUUCAUCUGGGGACCGUGGGAUGGGGUGGGAGUGUACUUAGAAGGACACUGGGACUCAGAUUGGUAACAUUUUAAGAGCAAGAAAAUGGGGACAAGGCUUUUAAGAGAAAGAGCUUUCUAACUUCAAUGAUUAGCUGUGAAAUGAAGGUUAAAGGCCCCCAAAUAUUUGUAAAACUUCUGGGCCCUUACACGUCUAUUUUAAAACAUCUUUAAAAUGGUACUGGCUCAUAUAGGGUGCAGAGGGUGCUAAAUACAAGGGUUGGAACCUUAUCCUUUAUGGGCUCAUGAGCUCCAUUCCCUGCAGGCAGUGUGUGUGGACAGCAGGGUCUUAUAAAAGGGACCCCAGCAACCCUCUGCCCUCUACCAAAUAGGUAGCAAGCUGCACCAAGACCAAGCAACUCCCCACAGCAGGUGCCUUCUAGAAAUGUAGUCUAAGUUUUCUUGAUUGAAAAAAAAUAGAAAACGAAUUAAUCCAGUUCUCCUACUUCUUCCAUGAGCAUCAGUCAGAAUAAAGAAUCAAAACUGACACCAAAA